AGUUUCAGAUAAAAAAAAAGCAAAUCUACUUGACAAUCCAGCAACUUGAAAACACAAGGUCAAUUGAAUGGCGUGGAAUGCUACUGAUAGCGCGUUGAAUAUAGAUGCCUCUGGACUUCUCAAGGUUGGAUAUAAUCACGCAGGUACAUUGUACAUACAAAAGAAUUCCAAAAGAAAAACCAAGUGGAUUCCACGUUUUGUCAUCAUUGCACGGGGAUGGAUAUAUAUUUUCCAGGAUAAAAAUGCUAAGAUAGCAGAAAAGACAUUCCCUUUACAUGAUUUCAAUCGUGUGGAGAGCUACCAUCAUGUGGCCGGCGAAAAUUUCUGCUUUUGCCUGAACUAUUCUGACCUGCAAAAGAAAGAGCCACUUAUUUUCGCUUGUGAAGUUGAGAAAACCAAACAGACAUGGAUGAAACAUUUUGAUGAAGCUAUUAAAGCGAUUAAUGGAUCAUCAGCGGACAGCGAUUACGAAAGCAUUACUGGAGAAGGACGAAAUAAUUCCAAUGGUAUGCUAGUGUUACCAGGCAAUCAACCCGCCAUUGUAGAAGUUGACGGUUCCGGCUAUCUGAGAGCAAAACAAAUGAAAUCAUCUAAUAAGGAUUUUUGCCAAGACGAACAAAAAUGGAAAAGAAAGUCGGUACGAACGGAACCAAUGAGUGUACAAGAAAAAUGCGACAAAUUUGUAUCUGCUGUGGAUCGUGGAUAUGCAGAAAAUGACAUAGAUGUUCAGUAUAAAACGGUAUAUAACCGUAACCAAGUUACUGGAUAUUCAGGCGGGAAAGAUAUGCGAGCGCCGCCUUUACCGGCUAAGUACUUGAGUCAAACAUCUUCGCAAGCCCCUUUAUCAAGAAACAAUACUGAGCCAAUUCUACCUUAUACAGAACAAGACAGAGAACCAUCGGUUACAAAAUCUCACUCAUACGUGGAUGUUGUUUCUGACAAUAUGAGUGAAGUAACAAGUUGUGCUUCCAGCUCACGAAAAUCAAAAGGUUUAAGCAGCGCAACAUUCAUGUGUGAGUUUCGAGCCGAGGCUGAAAGGAUGUUGAACGAACAACCCGUAGGAAACUUUUUAGUUUGUCCUAGUGAAGAGAGUACAUGGGUGCUGCUUGUCAAAAC